AUGGCGUUUGACAACAAUAGUAGUAACACUAUGACCAUUCAGGUGGAUGGUGAACCUGAACAAUCUGACGUAUUCACACGAUUUAAACCACUAUCACCAGAUGUCAGAAGUCACAGUCCAUUCUCAUUUUCCAAUUUAUUUAAAAAAAAAGAUUCCAAAGUACAGCAAUUACUGGAUGUUUCCGCUGAUGUUACGCCACCUCAGACAUCCCCAGUUCUGCCACGCAAAGUGGAGUCACCCCCUCCCCAGUGGGCCCAGAGGCCAAAACAGCUACAUUUUGAUAGCUGUGUUAGAGAAACCAGACGUAAAAGCAGUAGCAGCGGUGAUAGUCCUGGUGAAAUGAAAGGCAAUAGACCAACAAGGACGCUAUCCACAGUGUUGAAGAGGAUAAGCAGUCUGAUAGAUAGUAAGAACCAGAUCUACCGUGAGAGUGAUUUUAAACAAUACUGGAUGCCAGAUAGUAAUUGUAAAGAAUGCUACGAUUGUGGUGAUAAAUUCACCACGUUCAGAAGACGUCAUCAUUGUAGAGUAUGUGGUCAGAUAUUCUGCAGUAGAUGCUGCAAUCAGGAAGUACCUGGAAAAUUUAUGGGUUACUCUGGAAACUUACGCGUAUGCCUGUAUUGCUGUAAAGUAGUGUUGAGUUACGCCCACUCCGCUGAUGGUAAUUUCCGUUCGUUACAAGAAGACCUACGCAGAGUUGAAGAAGCAGAUCAGCUGAUCACCCCAAAAAAGCGAUCUUCUCUGUUCAAAGAAGAGGACUUCACAAGAACAAGGACAUAUAGCAGUACCAGUAUGAUAGAGUCACCAAACUCUUCAACAAACCCCUUUGAGAUUGCUGUCAUCACACCAAUGUCGGAAUAUCAAAAGAAAACUGGAAGACACAGUGUGGCCAUGGAAAGAAAAAUGCUGGUGCAGGACUCGGCACAACUACGUGAUAUAUGGUUGCAAAUUCAGAACCCCACUAACGGCAUAGAAUUCCAGAGUCAUCGAUAUCGAUUGAGAACUUACGUCAACUGUAUUAUAGGCAGUGAGUUAGUGGAUUGGUUAAUUAGUACAGAUAAAGCAGCAAACAGGUACCAAGGGAUUGCUAUUGGGCAGGCACUGAUAGAUGCCAACUGGUUAGAAAGUGUCCUAGGAACAGAUCUGAUAUAUAGUGAUGAGUAUGCCCUCUAUAGACCAGGAAAGACUGCCAGACAGGAGAAUCUAUCAGAUGAUGAUGUUCACUCGGUGGAAGAAUACUGGGAACCAACUUGGUUUAAAGAAAUUGAUUUACAAGAGAAAGGUGCAAGUUCUGCUGAAGAGGACGAUGUGGAAGAACCAGAUGGAAGAACACUUUAUGGCAGUGCGUCGUCAUUGGCAACAAAGGAGAGUGAGACAUCACAGUUCUCAUUGGAUUUAGAACGUGCUACUGUUAAUUACCGACCAAAGAAAAAGAAACAAUCAACUUUCAUGACUACAGACAGGGAUAGUCAGAGAGAUAGUGGAGGAUCAUGGGACUUUAAUUUCUGUCAAGAUUCCAAUUCAGGGAAUAUAGCGGAUGAUUUCAAAGGUGCCAUGUCUGUAGUGACAGUUGCUGAGGAGUUGAAUGUUGCUGAAAGAUGGCAACGCAUGGAACACCUACGAGAAGAGAACGGAGAGAAACUAGCAAUGGAAAGAUUGAGCACUGCUAAUUACAACCACUUGGUGGCGCUGUUGAAACAACAAUUGCAAUCCGAAGGAUUAUCUUUAUCAUGGACUGACAUCAUAUUUACUUUGAUUACAAAAAUAAGUGAUAUGGUGAAACCUGAUGUGCGACAUGAUGAUGAUGACAUGGACAUUAGACAGUAUGUACAGUUUAAGAAAGUACCAGGUGGACAGAAAACGGACUGUUCAAUGAUUAACGGUGUUGUCUGCACCAAACAUGUAGCACAUAAAAAGGUAAAGAUAAAAAUCAUCUUUUAAAUUCUUGUGAUUUCUAUUUCAAUCGAAUAUCAAAGAGUUGAAAAUAAACUGUCUUCAUUGGAUCCUGUAGUUCUCCAGGAACACGAGUUUCUCAAGAAUUGUGUGGCUAAGAUUGCCAAUGUACAGCCAGAGAUAUUGGUUGUUGAAAAGAGCGUAGCAAGACUAGCGCAGGAUUUCCUCCAUCAUGCUGGCAUAACAGUUGUUCUCAGUGUCAAAACACAAGUAAUGGAGAGAAUAGCACGGUGUACGCAAGCCGACCUCGUCUCAUCAAUAGACCAAGUUUCUAAGCCCCGAUUGGGAUUCUGUCAUUCAUUUCGAUUGCAGAGUUUUAAAAUGGAAGACGGGUGUAUGAAGACAUUGAUGUUCUUUGAAGGUUGUGCCACUCAUCUCGGCUGUACUAUCAUUCUACGUGGUGGAUCACAAGAUGAACUAGCCAAGGUAAAGAAAGUUAUGCACUUCAUGGUAUAUGCAGCUUACAACUCCCGAUUAGAAAUGUCCUACUUAAUGGAUCAGUUUGCAAUGCCGCCUUUACCACCGGAAAGUGAUAAAGAAACUGUUGAUGAAUGCAAUACUGAUGACGUUCCCAAUUCUCCUGAAGAGGAAUUUGAUGACCGAGAACUCUUAGAAGAUAUUACGGAUGGAAAACUAUCCAAACAUAGCAGCCAAGAAAACAUACUAGAUGAUGAUUGGAGAGCACAAGAGAGGAUAAACAAAGAGGAGCAACAAGAGCAGACCGGUGAGGAAAAAACAGAUGUCCAGUGUGAGACAGAUUGUUUGGAUCCUAAUUUACAUCAGCGCAUAGCAGUAUUAUUUAGUAGUUCUUGCAGUAAAUCAAGUAAUGCACCAAAUCCAUGUGUGUACCCAUGGGUUGUAUCGAUGGAUUUUUAUGGUAGAAAUGAUAUCACACUAGGGGCCUUUUUAGAGAGAUAUUGUUUCAGACAAAGUUACAUGUGUCCCAGUACCACGUGUGAUAUGCCGAUGGUUGACCAUUCUCGGAAGUUUGUACAUGGCAACAGUUGUCUACAGAUAUUAUUACGGGAAUUAGACUCACCAAUACCGGGAUAUCAGGACAAUAUACUCAUGUGGAGUUGGUGUAAGAAAUGUAAACAGGUGACUCCAGUCGUACCGAUGACUCAAGAUAGCUGGUCUUUAUCGUUUGCAAAAUAUCUGGAAUUACAUUUCUAUGGUGACAACUAUGGUCGACGUGCCAGUACAGACCCUUGUAAACACUCAUUAAAUCAUGAACAUUACCAAUAUUUCGGUCACCAGAACAUGGUUGCUUCAUUCAAACACAGUCGGGUUUCUCUGAUGGAGGUGGCUUUGCCACCUAUUAUAAUAGAACAGCAGCAAAGAUUCCAAUGCUGGUCUUAUUAUUACCGAGAAAUUAAACAUGCUGCGUUUAAAUUGUAUGACUUAAUUCAACAAGAGAGAAACCUCAAGAAAGUGAAAACAACGAUGCAGAAUAAAAUGGAGGAUGAAAUAGUCACUACAUCACCUGUUGAUCAGAUUUCUUCAUCUGUUGUGGUCACUGUGGAAACACCAUCACCAAUACAAAAUACUACAAACCAGGAAAAGCCACCUGAAUUCCGAUCCUUACUACGACCCACGAUACACCGAGCAUCCACCUGGGGGCCACAAACCAGCAGCCCCUUGACCCCAUCCUUCAUGUACGACUCUGCGGAAUCAAGUACCUUAGUGACAGGAUCACCAUCGUCAUCACAGCAGUUACCGCAGUGUAAAUUAGAACAACUCAUUGAAGAACAUGAAGCAGAUAGGGAAAGACGAAAGAGUGUGUCGGCACCACAUGGGAGUAGUACAGACACCUCGGAAUACAGCAAUGUACAUGCCGGUAGUGAUGAAACUUUGACACCGAAAUUGGCCGAUAAAAGAUCUGCGAUGAAAAACAUCUUCGCUAACUUCCUGUCUGGACCCAUGUUUACACCACUUGCAUGUCCAUACCCAGCUGAUGAGCAUUAUACUUUACCACCAGGAUCUCAGCUUCCAGUAGUUGUUUUUGACAAUGAACCUAGCUCUAUUAUUGCAUAUGCAAUCAGCUGUAAACUCUAUGAGCAAAAGAUUUUUGAAAUGAAACAGUCAUUGAAGGCAUGCAAAGACCUGUCCGUGGGAUCUACAGUCAGCUCUUCCAAUUCAAGUCCCAGUAACAGACCAAGAUCUCAGAAACCGACAAUACUAAAAAAUACAGAGGAGCUAGAGACUGGGAAGCAACCCAAAAUACAGUCAGGUCGCCGUAGCAGUAAAGUACUAGCUUUUCUUAAAAGCAGUCUCACCAACACAGAGCCUUCAUCCUAUAUCAUCAAACCAAAGUCAGAAGAGUGGAAAGGAGCUGAUCGUGUUUAUUACAAAGUAGAAGACGAGGUUGACUCGCCCUCUGAUGAUAUCACCAAGGACAGUGCCAAAGGUGUUGGUUCAUUAAAUGCCACUCCUAUCACACUGUCCAUGGUUAACAAAAUGCCACUCCUUCUUCACUCUGUCCAGGGUUCACAAAAUGCCACUCCUCGUGCAUUCUGUCCAGGUCACAGAGAGGAAAAAUCAAACAACCCCCACCAUCCACCUAAUCCACAUAUUGAGUUACAAUUCUCUGACAACGCUGCCAAGUAUUACUGUCGGGUUUAUUUUGCUGAGCAGUUCCAACAGUUACGCAAGUUAAUCUUCCCGGCAGGAGAGGAGGCAUACAUUCGAUCUUUAUCCCAGUGUUUUCAGUGGAUGGCAAGAGGCGGAAAGUCAGGAUCAUCCUUCUGUAAAACAACAGAUGAUCGUUUUAUUUUAAAGCAGAUGUCUCGAUUAGAAGUGAAUUCCUUUACAGAGUUUGCACCCCAUUAUUUUCAGUACAUCAAGACGGCUUGUGAGGAAAAGAGACCAACAGCAUUGGCAAAGAUUCUUGGGGUUUAUCGAGUUGGCUUCCGGAAUUCACAAACUAACGGCACCAUGAAACAAGAUCUGUUGGUGAUGGAGAAUCUGUUUUACGAUCGUAAGAUGUCACAGGUCUUUGACUUGAAAGGCUCAAUGCGUAACCGUCAUGUCGAUGUGUCGGGAGGAGAGACUGAAGAUCUGGUGCUAUUAGAUGAAAAUUUACUGAAAUAUGUUGUAGACACUCCACUGUACAUAAGAACACACUCCAAGACUGUUUUGACAGUCGCUAUUUACAAUGACUCACAGUUCCUAUCUAGCCAUCUCGUGAUGGAUUACUCCUUACUCGUUGGAAUUGAUGAAACCAGGAAAGAAUUGGUUGUUGGAAUCAUAGAUUAUAUUCGUACAUUUACAUGGGACAAAAAGUUGGAAAUGGUUGUCAAGUCAUCAGGAAUCCUUGGAGGCCAGGGUAAAAUGCCCACUGUUGUCUCCCCGGAGUUGUAUCGAACACGAUUCUGUGAGGCCAUGGAUAGGUACUUUCUGAUGGUGCCCGACAGAUGGACAGGACUGGGAAGAGACGUGGAAUGCUGAUGAAACUGAUGAAUGGAAGGAUGCAUAGUACUUAGGUUGGAAAGUAUGAGUACAUGAACUGGACUAAAAAAAUAAAUUUUAUUUAUUAUAAAUGACAUGAUUGGU